AUGGCGUCGUUUCUCAGCCAGGCUUCGUCCUACUUUGGGCGCACCAACAUCUCGGUCAACUACACCAUCGACGAGGCCCAGACGCCGGCACACUGCGGCCUGUGGAAGAUCUACAAGGCGACCCGCAAUGCUUCGUCGAGCAGCACCACCUCGACGUCGGCCCCAGCAGGCAGAGGCACCGUCUCAAUCUGGGUCCACUCGCUAAACACAAGAGGGCAGGCCCGGGCUCGGGUGCUGGACCAGCUCAAGAAGGAGGCCUCGAGCCUUACCCGCCUGCGGCACCCCUGCAUCCUCGAGGUCGUCGAGCCGCUGGAGGAGUCGAGAAACGAGGUCACGUUCGCCACCGAGCAGGUCUUUGCCACGUUACAGGAGGCACUCGUGGCCGACCACCGCGCCGACGUCCAGCUCGACGAGGUCGAGAUCCAGAAGGGCCUGCUGCAGAUCGCUCGUGGCCUCGAGUUCCUCCAUUUCGGCGCCAAGAUGGUGCACCAGAACCUCACGCCAGACUCGAUCCUGAUCAACGCCAAGGGCGAUUGGAAGAUUGCGGGCUUCUCGUUCCUCACAACCCUGACAGCCCCAGACGGCACGCCGACGCCAUGGUCAUUUCCGGAUAGCGACCCAUCACUACCGCCCGCCCUCUCCCGCAACCUCGACUUCCUCGCGCCCGAGUACGCUCUCGACGAAAAGGAGCCACAGCCCGCAAACGACAUGUACUCGCUCGGAUGCGUCGUCUACGCCGUCCACAACCGCGGCAAUCCGCCUUUCCGGAAUCGCAGCGUCACCAACCUACGGCAGAACGCCGACCAGCUCUCGGUCGCCGUGGGCAGCGCCAGCUGGCAGAGGAUGGGCAAGGACGUGCUCGACCUGCUUGGCAGCCUCCUCACGCGCUACCCAGGCGCCAGGCUCAACGCCCAGACCUUUCAGCAGGCGUCCUACUUCAACAGCAUCCUCGUCUCGACGCUCAAGUUCAUGGAGCGCGAAAACUUUGCCGGGCGAACGAAAGAGGAACGGGUACAAUACCUCAAGGGCCUGCUCAAGAUCCUCCCGCAAUUUUCGGACCGCCUGCUGCGCCGCAAGGUGCUGCCCGCCGUGCUCGAGCUCAUGUCGGACAGGUCGCUCUUGCCCUACAUCCUGCCCAACGCCUUCUACAUCUCCAAGAGCCUGUCGUCGAUCGAGUUCACCGGCUCGGUGCUGCCCAAGCUCAAGCCCCUCUUCCAGGUCCAGGACCCGCCGCAGAACAUGCUCAUCCUCCUCGACCAGAUUGAGCUCUUUGUCCAGAAGACGAGCCCGUCGGUGUUUCGCGAAGAGGUGACGCCGCUGCUAUACGCCUCGCUCGAGGCCGAAAACGUCAUGGUCCAGGAAAAGGCGCUCAACACGGUGCCCCGACUCGCAGAGAUCCUCGAGUACGCCCACGUCAAGGAGGUCCUCUUCCCCAAGCUGGCCGUGCUCUUUGCCAAGACCAAGGUGCUCAGCGUCAAGGUCAACACUCUCAUCUGCUUCCAUUCGAUGGUGGCCAUCCUCGACAAGUACACGCUGACCGAGAAGCUGGUGCCGAUCCUGGCGCGCAUCAAGACCAAGGAGCCGUCGGUCAUGAUCGCCACGCUGGCGGUGCACGAGGCCAUGUCGAAGAAGGUGGACCGCGAGACGCUGGCGACGGCCAUCAUCCCGCAGCUCUGGAUCAUGAGCAUGGGCCCGCUGCUCAACGCCGAGCAGUUUGCGCGCUUCAUGAAGGCCGUCCAGGAGAUGGGCGCGCGCGUGUGCGAGGAGCAUACCAAACACCUCCGCGAGGUCAAGAGCGCCGUCGAGCACACCGACAGCUUCGUCGGCGCGCGCCAGAACGGCGGCGGCGGCGGCCUCAGCGGCGGCGUGACGGGCAUCGGGGCCGGGGGCGAGAUUGACUUUGCUACGCUCGUCGGCAACGCCAAGACGGCCGCCGGCGCCAGCAAGGAGGUGUCGAGGGACAGCGCCGCGGCGGAUCCCUUUGGGUUCGACGACUCGCCCUUUGGAGGCGCGAGCGCCGCGUCGACACCGGUGCAAGCAUCGACGCCUGCGCUGACGCCAUCGCAUACGGGCGCGGGGUCUGGCUUCCGACCGUCGAAGCCUGCCCUGCCAGCCUCGAUCAACCGGGCAUCCAACAACAGCAGCCCCUUUGUCGGCGGGAGCCUUAAAUCGAGCACCAGCACUGGCACCCUGCCGUCCCUCGCCCCGCCACCGCCGCCUGCGUCGUCCUCGACCCGGCCGAUGCUCUCCUCCAACCUGAGCUCCUCGACCUCGGUGUCGAGCAAGCCGGCCAGCGCCGGGUGGAAUGACAUCCUUCAGCCAGCCUCGAGCUCGAGCGGCGCCAAGCCCGCGACGACUUCGGCCAUGACCCCGGCCUCGACCUCGACCACAGCCAACGGAGGCGGUGCCGGGCCCAACUACAACAUCAGCUUGCCGCCCGCGACCAACUGGUCGAAUAAUGCGGCCUUCACCUCCGCCGGCAACGGCAACGGCAGCAGCGGCAGCUCGUCGAUGAUGACGCCCAUGUUUGCCCAGGCGAAGGCCAUCGAGCCGACGCCAUCGACCGGCUUCGGCGCGAUGGGAUCGAGUCUAACGCCGUCUGCGGCCCCCGCCCUGGCGCCUUCGCCAGCGGCAUCGGUCAUGGCAUCAAGCGGACCUGCGGCGCCGCCCGGGUGGGAAGGUGCGGUUUUGCAGCCGUCGACGAGCAAGGGCAGCGGCGGCAAGGCCGGAGGAGGCAUCCACAACGGCGGCGGCGGCGGCGGCGCUGAUGCGUGGAAGGACUUUGACCCGUUCGGCUGA